AUGGCUGGACCCGUGACCCGCGGCGCCACCUGGUUCCUGUGGCUCGGAGAUCGCUCGGGAAUGAUUGAUCGCCUCCGAUCUGGACUUGUGAUCCUGCUUCGAUCGUCCUUUGCAUUUCUUCCUUUUGCUCCUCCCCGUUCAUCGGUUGACAUCUUCCUCACGAGUACAAUCACCACCCAAAAAAUGUUCAGGCCUCUCACCUUCGUCCACGUUCCCGCCCGCCUCGCGACAUCCAUGAGCCGACGGGCAGCUCGACCACUCUCCACCUCCGCCAUCCUGCGCCAAACAAGAGAUGGCGGCAAGCCGACAUUUGGAUUCAAGGACGCCCCGGCUCCUCCCCGUCUGCCUAAGGAGGAACAGGAUAUUUUCGAGGAGCUUCAGCGCCGCUCAACAGGCGCAUUUAGUACCCCGCAAGUCAACCAGUCGCCGCAAUCCGAUUCCCAGCCCACCAUCAAUGCCAAGGGCAAUGGCGAAGAGCUCCAUCCCGACGCGCCAAAGGGUCUGAAGCCCGAAUUCGAAGGCGAAAAGAACCCCAAAACAGGCGAAAUUGGCGGCCCCAAAAAUGAGCCGCUGCGAUGGGGCUCCGGUGGCGAUUGGAGUUAUGGAGGCCGAGUCACGGAUUUCUGA